AUGCAUUCUUAAAAUAACUUUAUGUACAAUUAAUAAGGUUAUAUGUAUCCCUAAUAAUACAUGUAUCCACACCCACCCCCAAAUUAUGUAUUUCAACAAUAAAUACAAGCUCCAUAAUUUUAUUAUAUGAAUCCUUAAAAUCCUGCUAUGUAUUAAUAUAACAUUGGAUAAUAAUAAUAACAAUAACAAUAAUAACAUCAAUAAUAACAACAAUAAUAAUAGUAAUAAUAAUAAAGAAUUAAAUGCAAUCAGCCUAAAACAAAAGAAUAGGAACUGAAAUAAUAGAAGUAAUAAGUAGUUAAGUAGUAAUCAAAUUAAAUUGUGUAAUAGUAAAUGGAAAAUCAGAAAGCAAGCAUGAAGAUUUUAACAGAAUAAUAAAUUAGAGAUUAGAUUGAAUCUAUUACAAAGCAAGGUUUUUGUCAUUAUUGUAAUAAGAAUGGCAAAACAUGUUAUUAUUGUUUUAGUAAUUAUAAAUCUACAGAUUGUAAACAUGGAUUUUGUUUUGACUGUCUUAUGUUUAAAUUUAAGGUUAGAACAUAAUUUAUAAAUAUAAUAGAUUAAUCCAAUUAAAAUUUUACUAAGACCUGAUUGGAGUUGCCCUAUUAAAUGUAAAUAAUGCAUAUGUAGUAGAUGCACAAAUUUAAAUCACAUUGAUUCGGAUUAAUUUAUAUCUAAUGAUUCCGUUGAAAGUUGCAAUAAAUAUGCUCAUAUAAUAGAGAAUACAAAAAAAAUAAAGAAAUAAUAUUAAAAGAAGAAAAACAUUAUAAGAGAAAUGUUUUAAGUAAAAUUUUAGCAAUUGGAUCCAAAAAAAAAGAAAUAACAAUAGGUAUUUCUUAGGAAUAAAGUUAGUCAUUGAAGAAGACUUUAUUACUUAAUAAAAUCAAGAAAUAAAUGUAAUUUUCGUCAGAAUGCAUCAUGAAAUUAAAAUAAAAACAUAGUCAAAAUGAUGAAUAAAUAUUACAUUAGGUUGUGAGAUAUAAUUUUAGUUCUUUGAUUGAUUUGUUUAAAGAAUAUAAGUCUGCUUGA